GCCCUCCCGCCCCUCCUCCUGGCCGCGGCCCCACCCGGCUCAGACGCUCCGGACCGACCGCGAGCUCAGCCGCUCCGCGGGCGCCUCCGACCCGGGACCCCCGCCCCCAGCCCGGCCCGGCCGCUGCGCCCCUCGGCAGCCGUCCGCCCUGUGCAUCUCCCUCAGCCCAGCGAGCCCAGUGGUUAGCGCUCGGCGGGUGGCGCCCAGCCCGGAGGGGAGCGAGCGUGCGGCCGCCAUGUUCAGCUGGCUGAAGCGCGGGGGGGCGCGGGGCCAGCGGCCCGAGGCCAUCUGCACGGUGACCUCGGCGCUGAAGGAGCUGUACCGCACCAAGCUGCUGCCGCUGGAGGAGCACUACCGCUUCGGCGACUUCCACUCGCCGGCCCUGGAGGACGCCGACUUCGACAGCAAGCCCAUGGUGCUGGUGGCCGGCCAGUACAGCACGGGCAAGACCAGCUUCAUCCAGUACCUGCUGGAGCAGGAGGUGCCCGGCUCGCGCGUGGGGCCCGAGCCCACCACCGACUGCUUCGUGGCCGUCAUGCACGGCGACACCGAGGGCACCGUGCCCGGCAACGCCCUCAUCGUGGACCCCGAGAAGCCCUUCCGCAAGCUCAACCCCUUCGGGAACACCUUCCUCAACAGGUUCAUGUGCGCCCACCUCCCCAACCAGGUCCUGGAGAGCAUCAGCAUCAUCGACACCCCCGGCAUCCUGUCGGGUGCCAAGCAGAGGGUGAGCCGCGGCUAUGACUUCCCCGCGGUGCUGCGCUGGUUCGCGGAGCGCGUGGACCUCAUCAUCCUGCUGUUCGACGCGCACAAGCUGGAGAUCUCGGACGAGUUCUCCGAGGCCAUCGGCGCGCUGCGCGGCCACGAGGACAAGAUCCGCGUGGUGCUCAACAAGGCGGACAUGGUGGAGACGCAGCAGCUGAUGCGCGUGUACGGCGCGCUCAUGUGGGCGCUGGGCAAGGUGGUGGGCACGCCCGAGGUGCUGCGCGUCUACAUCGGCUCCUUCUGGGCGCAGCCGCUGCUCGUGCCCGACAACAGGCGCCUGUUCGAGCUGGAGGAGCAGGACCUGUUCCGCGACAUCCAGGGCCUGCCGCGCCACGCCGCGCUGCGCAAGCUCAACGACAUGGUGAAGCGGGCGAGGCUGGUGCGGGUGCACGCCUACAUCAUCAGCUACCUGAAGAAGGAGAUGCCCUCCGUGUUCGGCAAGGACAACAAGAAGAAGCAGCUCAUCCUCAAGCUGCCCGUCAUCUUCGCCAAGAUCCAGCUGGAGCACCACAUCUCGCCGGGCGACUUCCCCGACUGCCAGAAGAUGCAGGAGCUGCUGAUGGCUCACGACUUCACCAAGUUCCACUCCCUGAAGCCGAAGCUGCUGGAGACGCUGGAUGAGCUGCUGACGCACGACAUCGCCAAGCUGAUGCCGCUGCUGCGGCAGGAGGAGCUGGAGAGCACGGAGGUGGGCGUGCAGGGCGGCGCCUUCGAGGGCACCCACAUGGGCCCGUUCGUGGAGCGCGGGCCCGACGAGGCGCUGGAGGACGGCGAGGAGGGCUCGGACGACGAGGCCGAGUGGGUGGUGACCAAGGACAAGUCCAAGUACGACGAGAUCUUCUACAACCUGGCGCCGGCCGACGGCAAGCUGAGCGGCUCCAAGGCCAAGACCUGGAUGGUGGGCACCAAGCUCCCCAACUCGGUGCUCGGCCGCAUCUGGAAGCUGAGCGACGUCGACCGGGACGGCAUGCUGGACGACGAGGAGUUCGCGCUGGCCAGCCACCUCAUCGAGGCCAAGCUCGAGGGCCACGGGCUGCCCGCCAACCUGCCCCGGCGCCUCGUGCCGCCCUCCAAGCGGCGCCACAAGGGCUCCGCCGAGUGAGGUCCGCCCGCCCGCCCGCCCGCCGGCCCCGCCGCGGCUCCCCGGCUGCACGCACGCCCCUGCCCUGGCCACAUGCACCCCGCCUGCCGCCUUCCCAGCCGAAAGGAUGGGGGUCCCUCCACCCCCCACCGCCAGACAGAGGGACCAGGGGCGGGGGGAGACGUCUCUGCCCGCCCUUCGCACCUCCGCCCGCACGUACACUGAGGCACGCCGCGCCCACACUAACACACAGGCAUCCACCCAGGCGUCCUUCUUGCAAGUAUUUAUUGAGCACCUACUACUUUCUGGGUUUGGGGCUCGUUCCAGGCACUGGGGAUCCCGGCAGAGAGCCGAAGAGAGAGAUUGGUGCCCUCCUGGAGCUGACAUUCUCGGGAGGGAGCACUGCUCACACACAGACACACACCAGCCCGGACCAGGCCCGCCCCGCACUCUGGGCGGGACCCCUGGCCUCCCCCCAUUAAAGAGCAGCCGCUAGGUUGAAAUGACUAAAUGACAGGCCUCCCUCUUGCCCAUCCAGGCAAGGACCCCUGCCCCAGCCCCCCGCCCUCAGGCCUUAGGACCACUGGGGACUCCCAGGGGAGACACAACCUCCUACUUCCUCACAUGGACCCCUCUUAGCCCUCCUUGAACUCCUCACACCCUACUUAGUAAGCAUGUGUGUCCUCCCUCGCCUGGCCUGGAUUGAAAACCCAGCCUGGCCCCCCUCCAGCCCCUCCCCCUACAGGCGAUGGCCCGAACUUGAGCCCCUGGGCGCGCUGCCCACCGUCAGGUCAUAUUGAAGUGGCGCCCCUACCACACAGGAAAGACCCCAGGGCUUAACCUGAGUCCCCUUUUCAGGGAUGUCUUGGGGGGACAGGCUCUUGGUGCUACAGCCGUCCCCCCUUCCCUAGAGGGACCUCACACACCCCCUUUCCUGCCAUCGCCCCAUAUUAGUGCUUGACGCUGGUGGGGACCCCAUGGAAAAGGCGGGGGAGAUAAAAAUAG